UCUGCCACCGCAGCAGCAGCUUCCGAUUCCGCCCCCCGGAAAGUGCUCUCCCGCUCAUCCCGACGCCCCAACAUUGCCAUGGAGGCCAUCGCCGAGCUCAGGGCCCAGCUCCACGCCCACCUCUCCUCCAUGUACGCGACGGGUGCCGUGGACGCGUAUUUCCAGCAGCUGCAGGAGCUGGACGAGGGCAGUGGAGGCACGGGCUACGUCGCCGAAGUCCUCAACAUCUUCCUCAAUGACGGCGACAGGAUCCUCAGGGACAUCGACGCCCUGCUGAACCAGCCCCUGCACGAGGUGGAGUUCUGCAAGGUGGACGCCCUGGUGCAGCAGCUCAAGGGGAGCAGCUCCACUGUUGGUGCAAAGAAAGUGAAUCUCGCUUGCAUGGACUUCCAAAAGUUCUACGUGGCAAAAAACAAAAAAGGAUGCCUCAUGACAUUGACUCUUCUUAAGGGUGAUUUCUGUGACGUGCGCAACAAGCUUCAGACUUUGAUGCAGCUGGAGCAGCAGAUCGCGUCCUUGAGGAGAGAGAAGAUAUGUUGGGGCGGGGCGCUGAAAGGUGAUGCAGGACACCAUCUAGCAGGCAAACCCAAAGUCCAUCUUGGAGGUAUUGGAUGA